UCUAUUGUCUCACUUGCCUCAUUCUUUUUUGUAUUGAUUUUCUAUUUCCAUUCUUGUUUAGCUGUGGACUUCUUUAUUUAUUUAUAAUCCAUUUCCUGCUUACCAUCUGCUACUUUCUUUUUCUUUGCUUUAUGGACACAAUUGUUUUUCUUCUUUUUUGAAAUGGCAAAGAAACCAUCGUCGUCGUUGUCAUCUUCUGGUCUCCUCAAACUGGAUCUCACCUGUCCUGUGUGUCUUGACCACUAUACCAACCCUAAGAUCCUACCCUGCCAUCACUCAUUCUGUCAGCACUGUCUGGAGGGAUUACCUCUGGAUAAGAAAAAUGAGACCUAUUACCUCUCUUGUCCCACUUGUCGUCAUCGCACAGAGCUACCAGAAGAAGGAGCAGGAGCCUUUCCAGCAAUUACUUUCAGCAUCCUCAAAGAAAUAUUAUGCAAUCUAGUGACAGACACAUCAUUCUUGCCUAAUCCUGAAGAGGCCACAUGUAGUGAUCAUGGAAAGCCUUUGGAACUAUUUUGUGGAAGAUGUAAUAUAGUAAUAUGUGUUAACUGUUUAUAUCAUGAACACAGACAUCAUGCAAGUAGAUGUGAAUUAAUCACUGACUGUUAUACUAAACAGUGUGAAGAGUUAAGAAAGUGUCUACCUCCACUUGAAAAAAAGAAGGAAUCACUCAAGAAGGUCAUGUCUGCUCUAUCAGAGAGAGAGGGUGAGAUCAGGAAGAGAGGAGAAGGAGUCUUAGAAGAAAUACAUGAAAUGGUAGAGGAAAUGAUAAGUGUUCUUCGUCAGUCAGAGAAAAAACUCAUUGAGCAGGCAAAAAGGGUCACUGAUGCUAAACUAAAGGUGCUGUCAGAGCAAAUGAAAUCAGCAGAAAAAUGCUUGAGUCAUCUGGAGAAAGUUAAGGAUUGUGUAGAACAGAGUCUGAAGACAGGCAGUCCUCAACAAGUUCUGAUGUCUAAGAAACAGAUGAUGGAGUCUGUAGUCUAA